GGAAUACGUUUGAUGUGUGAUAAUAAGAAAGAAAUAUAAAAAUAAAAAAAAAUAUUUUUUUAUUAAUAGAAUUUAAAAGUUACCAAAUUGCAUAAAUUUUUUUUUCGAAGAAAAUAAAUUAUAGUUUAAGUUUAUUAUGUUUUUUUUAUGCCUAUAAUAUUUAUAAUUAAAUGGUCAAUAUAGCAUUGUGCCAAACGUAUUUAGCAACGAAUUAAUCGUUAUACCUAUAAUAUUAGUUUGAUAUUAAAAUUAUCCAAAUGUGGAAAUGAAGUCAAUUGUGUUCUAAUUUAAUUAUAGUUAAAUUAAGUUAAAUUGAUAUAACAAUUUUAAACAAAAAAAAAAAAAAUUAUUUAUUAAUUUAGCUAAAAAGAAAAUACGAAAUUUUCUUUGUUAUUUUGUGUGUUAAAAUGUGGUACAAUAAUAUUUAUUAUGUUUUAAUUCUACUGUGCAAUUUUUUGGGUCCAACUUUUCAAUAUAAUUUAGAUCUUGAAAGUUAUAAUCAGCAUUAUGGAAAUUCAGGUUCUAUGUUUGGAUUUAGUGUUGUGCUUCAUAGAUAUUUUAAUAAAAAUUGGGUUAUAGUUGGUGCACCGAAAACUCAUCAUUCUUUUAAUUUGACAGGAGUUGAACGACCUGGUGCUGUAUAUAGAUGUGAUUUACAAGAAACAAAUCGUUGUAUUUUAAUUCCAUUUGACUCAAAAGGAAAUCAAUAUAAUGAUCGAAAUGAAAAAGUUGAUACAAAAUCCGAUCAGUGGCUUGGAGCAACAAUUUCAAGUGGUGGAGAAAAUGGUCCAGUUGUUGCUUGUGCUCCAAGAUAUGUUUUCCAUACAAUGCAACCAUCUAAGGUAGAAAGAAUAGAACCAGUUGGAACCUGCUUUACUGCAACAAAAAAUUUCACAGUUUUUACGGAAUAUUCACCUUGCCGGACAAAUUUUUGGGGAUACCAUCGUCAGGGCUCGUGUCAAGCUGGAUUUAGUGCAGCGAUUUCCAAGAGUGGUAAUAGAUUAUUCAUUGGUGCUCCAGGCAGCUGGUAUUGGCAGGGACAAGUUUAUUCAAUUCACACUGAUGCAACAUUCCCAUACAAGCCACCACCUUACCAAGAUUUUGGGGCAGGAGGUCAAACUUAUUCCUUCGAUGUUAUGGAUCGUAGAACAAUUGUUUAUGCAACAAGAGAAAGUUAUUCGAGCGAUGAUGAUUCGUAUUUAGGAUAUUCUAUGGUAGCAGGUGAUUUUGAUAAUGAUGGAGAAGAAGAUGUAGCAGUUGGUAUGCCUAGAGGAGCAGAACUCUUAGGAAAGAUAGCAAUUUAUAAAUGGAAUAUGGCAAAUACAUUGAAUAUAACGGGAAAACAAAUUGGUGCAUAUUUUGGUUAUGCAUUAUGUACUGCCGAUGUUGAUGGCGAUAAAUUAGAUGAUUUAAUAAUCGGAGCGCCAAUGUACGCAGAACCAAACAAUGAAGGAAAAUAUGAUGUGGGACGUGUCUAUAUAAUGCUACAAAAACAAAAUAAUAAAUUUCAAAUUGUGCAUCAUCGUGAUGGUCUCAAAAGUCGAAGUAGAUUUGGAACUGCUGUAACAAAUUUAGGUGACAUAAAUCAAGAUGGUUUUGGGGACUUUGCUGUUGGUGCACCAUAUGAUGGUAAUCACGGCAGAGGUGCGGUGUAUGUAUUUCAUGGUUCAAGAGAUGGUCCCUUAAAAAAACACUCGCAAGUUAUAUAUGCAGAAGAUAUUUUGACUUCUAACUAUCCCAGAACUUUUGGAUUUUCUUUAGCUGGAGGACUAGAUAUGGAUGGCAAUUUGUAUCCGGAUCUAGCUGUUGGGGCUUAUGAUUCUGAUACCGUUUUUGUUUUUAAAGCUCGUCCCGUGGCUGUGGUUGAAGCUUCUACUCAAUUUCAUUUACCAAACAAAUUGAUUAAUCUUGAACAUAAAGCUUGUGUUUCACGAAGAGAUGGAAAAAAAUUAGCUUGCACGGAAAUUGAAUCUUGCUGGAGAUAUGACGGCGUAAAUUUACCACCAGCUUUAGAUUUCGAUGUUUCUUGGUUACUUGAUGCUAAAAAUUUAAAGAAUCCUAGAAUGUUUUUCAUUGAGAACGAAGGCAAAAACUUACAAAAUUCUACAAUACGAUUGGAAUAUGGUAAAAAGCUGUGCCGCAGACAAAUGAUUUAUGUUAUUGAAAAUAUUCGUGAUAAAUUAACUCCCUUGGAAGUUGAAAUGCGAUAUCAGUUAUACAGCAAUAGAGUAAAACCAUCCAUUCGUGAAAGAAGAAGCAUUUUGACGCCAGUGAUUGACCAAAAUCGUGAAAUUAUCCAGCGAGAUUCAAUAAAUAUUCAGAAAAAUUGUGGACCAGAUAAUAUUUGUUAUCCAGACUUACAUUUAACCGUUAAAACAAUUGAUAAAUUCUUAUUAGGUUCAAAUGUACCGUUAGAAGUUGAAAUAUUAAUUACAAAUGGAGGGGAAGACGCGUUUGAAACUAGUUUUUAUAUGACUGUUCCGAAUGAUCUUAAUUUUAGAAAACUUCAAGAAAUUUCUACUGAAACACCAAUUUCAUGCACAACGCUUAAAGACAUUGCAAAUUAUACAUUAAAAUGUGACAUAGGAAACCCUUUCACGUCAGGAAAAGUGGCGAAUUUUAAAGUUAUUAUGAUGCCUUCUGAAAAAGCACAAAUGACACCAUCGUACAACUUUUACAUAGAAGCAAAUUCAACAAAUCCUGAAAGAGAAGGAUCACAAUUUGAUAAUGUGAUCAAAAAAAGUAUUAAUGUUUGGGUUAAAACUGAUGUAGUAAUUGAAGGUACUUCUAAUCCUGAUUUGGCACACUAUUCAGCCUCUAAAUACAAAUCUUUGGAAAAUGCUACAUCAGAAAAUGAUUUAGGUCCGCAUUUAGUACAUAUUUAUAAUUUAAGAAACAAUGGACCUUCAGCUUUUGAAGAAGCCAUUUUAUAUAUUCAUUGGCCACAUCAAACAUUGGCCGGCAAAACCUUGAUGUACGUAAUGAAUAAACCUGAAACUAGUGGAAAUAUAGUCUGCGAUCCAUUCCCGUUUAUUAACGUGAGAGAGUUGGAGUAUGAUAUUUCUUUAUCUUCAAAAAGUUAUCUACAUUCGACUGGUGCUAUUGAGACCAGUUCAAGCUCUAGUAGCGGUGGAAUUCGUGUGCAACAAUCGUACGGUUCAGUUUCGAGUCAUGGUGCUCAAUCAACUAAUAGGAUAUUAACAGAGGAGCAAAAACGAAAGUUUGCUGAAGAAGAAAAAACGGAAUCAACCGGUGAUGCUUCCUUAGUUCACAGCCAAAGAGCUGAAGAAACGUCUAAUAGAAAAGAUGAUAAAGGCUAUUCAACUUAUCACACAACCUCAUGGCGUUCCGAAGUAGGUCCUGAUGGAAAACCAGUUGUGAUAACAACUGUUAGAAAUAAGACUUUUGUAUCCGAUGACCAAGGAAAAACACGUGUUUUUGAACAUACUACAGAAUUUUAUAACAAUUUAAAUUAUGACCGUCCAAUGUCGCGAUACACGUCGCAUUCCUCUAAGGAUCAGGAAUUUGUUGCGCCAAUAAAUUAUGAACUAUCUCCAUCAACAGCAUCACAUCAUGGGACAAGAUUUAAUUUCAAUGUAGUUGAAAAAAAUGAACUUGACACCAGUGAUCCAGUAUUUCAUAAUGAUGGAGCAAGAAGUAGUCAAGGAUUUGUUAGGACACAUGAAGUUCAUGGAUCUGGCCAUCCUUAUGUCACACAUGAAUCGUAUAAUUCUGCAAUAUCAAGAAGACCCUCAGCUCAAAAUUUUGAAAGUUAUAAUUAUAACGAAGAUAAUCGUCGGUCCAAAAGACAAGUUUUAAUUGAUAACAACGAAACCAUCGAGUUAUGUAGAACAGUUAAAUGUGCCACAUUUCGAUGUGUUGUCAAUAAUUUAGGAAAAGAUGAUGGUGUUUGGAUUGCUAUCCGAGCAAGAUUAGUUGCGGAAACUUUAAAAGAUUUAGCAGAGAAUGUUCCAAUAAAUAUUUCUACUUUAGCAAUAGCUCAAAUAACAAAAUUACCAUAUAUUGGUAGACCAGGUGAAAACAUAAUUAAAAGCCAUGAAAUAUUUUUCAAGGCUAUUCCUGAACCAAUUCCACCAAUAGAUACAGUUCCUUUAUGGGUAGUUGUAUUAUCUGCCUGUGCUGGAGCAAUUAUAUUGUUACUUCUUGUUUUUCUUCUGUAUAAAUGUGGCUUUUUCAAAAGAAACCGUCCUGUUAGUAAUCAUCAAGAAAGACAACCGUUGAAUUCAAGAAAUGGAUAUCAUGGCGAUGAACAUCUUUGAGAUAAACUAUCUAGAUUUUGAGCCAUAUUGCAAAACAACCUAAGUCUUUAACGUUAUUCUAGACUAUAAACGAAUUUCAUUUUUUUUUUUAAAUUGAGUUCAUAUUCAUUACAAAAACAAAAAAAUAAUAAAAAAAAAAAAACAAAAUACAAAAAAUUGCAAACGUGGCAUCAAAAACUGAAUAUAACAGAUUAUCAAGUUUAAUAAUUUUAAAAUAAUUUUUUUAAAACAAAUAUAUUAAAAUACAAUACUUUUUAAAAUACACUUAAUCAUAGAGUUUGAUAAAGAGUAAAAUGAUAAAAGAGAAUUACUUAAUUUUUAUUAUACAUAUUUUAUUGUAUAAUCUUGUUGUUGUGAACUGAUUUAUUAUAUAAAUGUUAUUAUUUUUGAACUAUGGAACUGAGUGUGUUCGGGAAAUUUAAAUAUGAAUUUUCACUUUAUAAUUGCAAAUUCCUCAAGCAUUGGUAAUCUGUUAUAUUUAAUGUUUUUGAUUGAACUUAACUAUACCGCCGUGCAUUAAAAAAAAAUUUUUUUUUUUAGUUUUAAUUAUUACUUUUAUCAUUUUGUUUUUCUUUUUUAAUAACUAAUUUUCAAAAUCCCCUGUUAAACAUAACUUGAAUAUCUUAGCUAGUCAAAUGAAAAAUUAAUGCCAAUAGAAAUUUUGGUAUAAUAAUGUUUACUCACUUUUAAUAAUUAAGUUCUUCUCAUUAAUUAAAUUAUUUGCAAUUUUUGACUGUAGAUUUUUUUUUUUUGUAAUUUUAUAAUACUAGUUUUUUUUUUUAAUAAUAACUAAAACAUUUAAACCUAGUUUAAUUAAAAUUGAAGUAAAAUAAAAUUAUUAACUGUUUUUAGUUUAAAUCUAAAAAUUGAUGUUAUAUCAAAAGUGAAAUUUAUUCAGAAGUAAGAUCAACAUGAGUUAAAAUUAAAUCAACAGACACAAUAAUAUGUACAUAUAUGAGUCUUAAAUAAAUUUGUAAAAGAGAAGAAAAUGUUAACUAUUCCUUAGCGACUACUUAUAUUAUUCUAUAAAUUCAAAAAUUUAUUAAUCAAUUUAAAAAAUUAUUUGAAAAUAGUUAAUAACAGCAGACUCAGAGUCAAUGUGCCAUAAUUUAAAUAAAUUAAAAAAAAAAUAAUAUAAAAUCUUAAUAUUUUUAUUCUGCUUCUUCAUCUAUCUGGUAUAGAGAAUAAUAUAGAGAAAACUGAAAAAAAGGUUAAUUCAAAAUAGUUUCACGAAAUUUUAAUACCUUUUUGCUAUUGAAAAAGGUUUUGAUAUUUUUAAUAAAAUUGGGUAUUGUAACAAGAAAAAAUUCAUUUUUCUCCAAAUAAAAAAAACAAUAAUAACUUUUUAAUUAAAAUAGUUUUUAAAUUUAAAUAAAAAUUUUUAAUCAGCUGAAUUUUUAAUAUUAUUUUUAAAAUACACUACAGAUAUGUGUUUUAUCUAGUUUAAUUUUAAUAUUUCAUUUUGAACCUCCAGAUUUUAAAAUUGUUAUAGUUCCUAAGUUUCUUAAUAUCAAUAGUGUUCUAAUAGUAUAUACUGAAGGAAAAUUAAAAUUGAAAUAUAAACUAUUUGUCAUUCUAUAUAAGUAAGUUUUUUUUUUUUCAUAAAUCCAAAACUGAAAAAUCUAUAUUUAAAAUGCAUACAAGUUUUCAUCUUUCAAUUUUUUUAAAUACUUGUAGAAUACAUUUAACUCAUAGUUGACAUUAAAAUAAUUUUUGUUCAUAAACAAUAAAAUUAAAUUAAGUAGUAAAAGAAAAUAAAGUUAAAAUAUAAUUUAGUAAAAUUUUUUUCGAUUAAAUUUCACAUUGGUAACAACAAUUUAAUUCUUGUAAGUAAAUUUAUAUAUAGUUUGAUAAAUCUAUAAUGUACAUAUAAGUAUUUACUUAAUAUAUAAAUUUAAUUAUAUACAUAUAUACAUACAUAUAUAUGUAUAUAAAAAUAUUAUCAUGUACUUGUAUAAAUAUACAUAUGUUAGAAAGAAGAAGUGCAUACGGGCGUUUCGAUCAAAUUGAAGAAAAUUGCAUUUGACUUUUUUGUUAACUUAACCAUCUUCUUUUUAUUGUUAAAAUUUUGAAUUAAUCCAAAAGUAAUUUUUUUUUUUUUCAAACAUGUUAAGAUUAUCGAAUAUACUAUAUAAUAUGAAAAAGAAAAAUAUUAUUAAUUGAAUGUUUAUAUGUAUAAAUAAGAAAAUAUGAUGUUAAAAUGAAAAAGUUCAAAUAGAACUACGAAUUUUUUACAAAAAAGAAUAAAAAUCAAAUAUGUAGUUUAAAACGAAAAUAAAUUUAACUUAAGUGUUGCAAAAACAAAACGUUAACCAAAAAUUCUUCAGCUAUACGCAAUAUAACGAAAACUAUCAAAGAACUUAAAUAGAAUCUCAAUAGUAACGCCACCUCUACGAAAUGUAAAGAGAUAUUGUGUACAUAAAUAAACAAUGCGUGCAACUAUUUAAAACAUUUUAAAAUGUAUACAUUUAUCUAUUAUUGUAUUUACAGUAUGUAUAUACAUAUAUAUGUAUAACGUAUAGAUAUAUAUACAUAUAUAUACAUGUAUAUACAUAUAUAAAUACAUACUAUUAAACAUUUGGUUUUAUUUUUUAUAAUAAUGUUGUACUUAUAAUAAGUUUAAUAAAUAAAAAAUGUAACAAAUUUAAA